CGGCUGCUUUGGAGAGGCUGGACCUGGCUGGCUGGCAGGCAGCCCUGAGCUCGGCGGCGCCUGCGCUGCCUUUGCGACCGACCGGACCUACAGAACCAGCGACUCCUCCAAGCAAGCAAGCAAGCAAGCAACCCAAGCAAGAAAAGCCCAGUCGCGAUAGCUGCAGCAGCAGAAGAAGCGCAACCCAGUCUGGCGGCUCCUUGGCUUUGCCUUCCUCGCUUUGCCUCGGACUCCUCCCCGACGUUUUUUGGGGGGCGGACGCCCCUCCCGCCUUUCCCCUCCAGAGCCCAGUCUCCGCAUCCGACGCCCCGGGGCGCAUCUGGCCAGAGGUGGCGCGGCCGGCUGGGACGCAGCCGGGGCCGCGGGGGUCGCAGAGCCUGGCCCGGCAUCGCCCCGAAAGGCGACGGCGCUUAAGGUGGCCUUGGCGACGGAUCGGAGCGGCUCCCGGGGGCGAUGAGCGCCUCGCGUCCGCCUGGGGGCGUUUAAGAAACGACAUGGAAGCGGUUGGCAAAUUUGAAUUCAGCAGGAAAGAUCUGAUCGGGCAUGGAGCUUUUGCCGUGGUCUUCAAAGGCAGGCACAAAGAGAAACCCGAAGUCGAGGUGGCCAUCAAAUGCAUUAACAAGAAAAACUUGGCCAAAUCCCAGACGCUCUUGGGCAAGGAGAUCAAGAUAUUGAAGGAACUGAAACAUGAUAACAUCGUGGCUCUCUACGACUUCCAGGAGAUGGCGAACUCCGUUUAUUUGGUGAUGGAGUACUGCAACGGUGGAGAUUUGGCUGACUAUUUGCACAGUAUGAGAACUCUCAGCGAAGACACGAUCCGUCUCUUUUUCCAGCAAAUUGCAGGCGCCAUGAGAGUUUUGCAUAGCAAAGGCAUCAUUCACAGGGAUCUCAAGCCACAGAAUAUUCUGCUGUCCUUCACGGGCGGCAAGAAGUCGAACCCGAAUAACAUCCGGAUCAAGAUCGCUGAUUUUGGAUUUGCACGUUACCUACAGAAUAAUAUGAUGGCAGCGACCCUGUGCGGCUCCCCCAUGUACAUGGCCCCAGAAGUAAUUAUGUCUCAACAUUACGAUGCCAAAGCUGAUCUGUGGAGCAUUGGGACGAUCAUCUACCAGUGCCUGACUGGAAAAGCACCGUUUCAGGCCAGCAGUCCCCAGGACCUGCGUCUCUUCUACGAGAAAAACAAGUUGCUCGUGCCAAACAUCCCAAGAGAAACUUCUGCCCAUUUGAGACAACUGCUCUUAGGGCUGUUGCAACGAAAUUACAAAGACCGCAUGGAUUUUGAUGAAUUUUUCCACCACCCGUUCCUGGAUGCCAGUGCUUCUAUGAAAAAAUCUGCUUCUGUGCCAAUGCCUUCUUAUCCAAGCUUAGGCUCAGGAAGUUCUUCCAGCAGUUCUUCGACUUCUCACUUAGCAUCACCUCCUUCGCUCGGCGAGAUGCCCCAUCUCCAGGAGAAGACCCCAGCCUCCCCCCAGCCAGGCUCCCCAGCUUUCCUACACCGGUCAAAGGAAUCGGGGGGAAGCAGCAGCAAAAACUCCUCCUGCGACACCGAUGACUUUGUAAUGGUGCCAGCCCAGUUUACAAGUGAUAUCGCUGCGGACGGUACCGGUGGCAAACUGAUCCAGGACAGUCUGAUGGGAAGUGGGAGCUCCCUGGUGACUUCUGCCGACUUGGAAAGCCAAGGAAGGACUCCAUCUCCUUCUCCUCCCUACAGCAGUUCUCCUAGCCCAUCCGGGCGAUCCAGCCAAUUUUCAUCCGGCACCAGAACCGGACAAUCAAUACCCAUUCCAGUCCCUACACAGAUCCAAAAUUACCGCCGGAUUGAGCAGAAUCUUCAAUCCCCCAAUCAAUAUACUUUGCCACGGUCUAAUCCUGUCAAGAGAUCAGGCAGCACGAGUCCACUUGGCUUCCUGAAAGCCAGCCCCUCCCCUCCCUUUUCUGCUGGUGAGCAUGGAACAGUGCCAUCCCCUAGAAGGUUCUCCUUUGGUGGUGCCAAGCCUUACACACCUUCUCCUCAAGUUGGAACAAUUCCAGAGCAGUCCGACCAGAUGAUCAUCCCGUGUCCUCUCGGAACCGAGUUGAGAACUCGGGUGCCCAUAUCAGAUGCUUCAGGAUCGGAUCCUUCUCUGCGAGGACUGGGCUAUCGUCUUCACAGCGCUCCCAACCUCUCCGAUUUCCAUUCCUGCCGGCAAAAAGUCACCAAGCAGUACUCGGAUCCGCUGGUCCCCCACUUCAGCCCCGUCCCAGCUGCUCAGGCCACGCGACUACCCAGCCUUCAGUCUGGUCGGCCCCUCAGGUCUUCUCCAAAGCUCUCCGAAUUCAUGCAGAGGACUCCCUUGCCCACCAUUUUGGGUUCUCCAACAAAGGCAAGGUCCCCCUUUGAGUUCAGUAAAACCCCCAGCUCCCAAAAUCUGUUCGCUCUCUUGGCCCAUCAAGCCGUUGUCAUCACCCCAACGAGGAACAAGACACUGCCGGAUUUGAAAGAAAUGGGACACUUACCUUACCAACAAGGAGGCCUCAGUUUGAGGCCGAUGGAAGACGCCAAAGGCAGGUCACUCAGCACUGGGCGCCUCACCGACCUGCUUCUUAAAGCUGCUUUCGGGGAAGCUGGCAAUAAUGAUAGCCUCAACAACGAGAAGCCCAUGGAGAUUACAGCUCCUUCCGUGGGUUGUGGAGGAACCCUUCACUCGGGGGCCAGAGAAGGUGGUUCAGGAAGCCCUUCACCGGUGAUCUUCACCGUUGGGUCACCUCCUGCUGGGACAACACCACCGCAAACCACCCGAACCAGAAUGUAUUCAGUAGGAUCUUCAAGUUCUCUGAGUUCUGGAGGAUCUUUCAGUGGGCGUCACUUCAUUAUGGGAGCCGGUGGGGAAAUCCUUGAAGCGCCAUCAGGUCUCAGAUAUACAUUGGCUGAUCCAAUUGCUGCCAACCUGGAAGGAGCCGUUACCUUUGAGGCACCUGAGCUACCUGAGGAGACCCUCAUGGAACAAGAGCACACGGACAUCUUACGCAGCUUGAGGUUCACGCUGGCUUUUGUCCACUAUGUGAUGGAGCUCGCCACCAUCAAAGGAAGCGCCAGUGAGAUGUCCAGCUCGGUGGCCUCCGAGUACCAGCUCCAAGAAAGUGUCGUCGCUGACCAAAUCAGCUUGCUCAGCAAGGAAUGGAGCUACGCAGAACAACUGGUCUUAUACUUGAAAGUAGCUGAAUUGCUGUCCGCCGGGCUUCAGAUGGCCAUUGACCAGAUCCGUGCAGGCAAAUUGUGUCUCUCCUCCACGGUCAAGCAAAUUGUGAGAAAGCUCAACGAUCUGUAUAAAAGCAGCGUCUCUUCGUGCCAUCACCUGAAUUUAAGGCUACAGAGGUGGUUCAUGGACAAACAGAAACUGAUGGACCGCAUCAACAGCAUCACGGCCGAGAAGCUCAUCUUUAGCCACGCUGUGCAGAUGGUUCAGGCUGCUGCUUUGGAUGAGAUGUUCCAUCACCGAGAAGACUGUGUCCAAAGAUACCAGAAAGCGUUGCUCUUGAUGGAAGGUCUCUUGAACUUCAUCACUGAGCAAGGAGAUGUUGAGAACAUCAAUAAAUGUAAAAUGUGCAUUGAACGACGGCUGUCCAGCUUGAUAUCAGGAAUCUGUGCAUGACAAUAAGAUUUAUUUAUUUUUUCCACGCAGGAGUAGCACCUCUUUCCUGCUAAAAUCCUGGUGCAAACUGGGGACAGGUAGAUACAAGAAGGACCCUUUUCCAACUGGUGAAAGAGGGCUGAGGAAACCAAGGACCAAACCUGCUUUGCGGCCACUGGUUUUUUUUAUGUUUUUGUUUCUGAAGAGGAACCGAUGGGAUUAUGGCAAUGCCAGCUUGGCCCUCUUCAUUUGGAGAUACUUUCGUCUACUGCUGGCAGUGGACACCUGGAAGGCUUCUUGUGAUUGGAAAGAUGACGCUCAGCCAAGGGAAGAAUGUCCCAGAUGGUUGAACAGACCUGCACUUCUACAGAAUUUUGUCUGGUUGCACCACUUCUCCCCAAUCUCCGUGUACUUGGAUGUCCUUCAACAUCUCCCAGGCUUUCUCAUCUUUCUUUGCAUGGGAAGAAGAUCUGGAGCUCAGCUUUGCUUCAGCCUACUUCAUCCACUGGGAUGCUGGAAAUUAGUCCGGAUGUUUUCCCACACGGUGGAUGUGAUGGGGCAUUCCUUCCUUCUUCAUCUAUGGGGAGGUGGGACAAAUCCAUCGAAGACCGUAGACCUCUUCCAAGCAGUUGGAGCCACGCAAUACAAUCUUAAAGCUGUCGUGUUCCUUCUCAAGAAGCCAAAAAACAUCCAAGGUGAAGAGAUGCCUCCUACACCGGUGCAAGGGAACGUUAAAUAAAUGCAUGGAAAUGACCCUCUCGUCCAAUUUAGGCACCCGUGUUGUGAGAAGGCGCCUCUUCUGGAGUAACCUUGGGUUUUGUUUUGUUUUCUCUCAUCAAUAGCUUCUCUUCCCUGAGGGACAGGAAAAGAGGGGGAAGAAAACACAUAUGCAAUAUACACACACACACACAUUAGCUUUGUGAAUCAAAGGAGCACUUUAUGGAGAUGUUGAACUCGAUGGUUGCAUACUGGAUAUUCUGCAACGGCUCCUGAAGUGUCUCCUGGAUGGGACUUCUUCUUGACGUGUUCUGCUCUGUGCUAAUUUCAUCGUAGAGGGUUCCUUUGUGUUUUUUUUUUUUUCCUUUUCAGAAAUUGCACUACAAGUAUGUGUGGGUGUCUACACACACACAAACACACACACGUUGCUAAGAUCCAGUAUGUAUUUAUGUGUAUAUAAUGUAUAGCGUAAUCUUACGUGUUUUAAAUGUACUGUAUGUUGUUAGAAUAAGGGGAGAGGGGGGGCAGCCUUUUCCUGUUCUCUCUGUAAUCCAGGUUGCUAACUUGAACGUUUUCUAACAUCAAUGAUGGUCUGUUUAUUUUCUCUCUCUCUGUGUCACUUUCUUUCUUUCUUCUUUCUUUCUUUCUUUCUUUCUUUCUUUCUUUCUUUCUUUCUUUCUUUCUUUCUUUCUUUCUUUCUUUCUUUCUUUCUUUCUUUCUUUCUUUCUUUCUUUCUUUCUUUCUUUCUUCUUUCUUUCUUCUUCUCCUCCUCCUCUUCUUCUUCUCCUUCUCCUUCUCUUCCUCCUCUGAUAUACUGUUCAAACCAACAUGGUUUCGAGAAGCUAAAGGACAGGCUUGCGAUUGCUUGUGUAUUUGCAACUUACUGGGUCCCACCCCCCUCUCUCUGUUUUCGUUUUGCAAAGAAGUUUUUUGUGUUAGCAUUAAACUUAAAAUUUCCCAUUCCUCCCGUUUUUAAAGCAAUGAAGUAGUGCCCUCCCCCAAAAAGAGCUGUUAGGGCACGGCUGUGUAUGUUUCUGCAUUUUGGAGUGUGCGUGUGUUUGUUUGAGGGGGAGGUUGGGGGGGGGGCUGUACAUGCACAUUUGACCUUGUGAGAGCACCACAGCUGUGAGCCAGCGCUUGAGACACACCCGUGAGCUUCGUCUGUGUUGCGUGUUGUGCUUUGUUUUGUGGUGCGUGCAAUUUGAUUCGUGCUUUUUUUUUUUUUUUUUUUUUUAGCAGAGGGAUCCAACGUUCAGUAAAUUUUUUGUCUGUGCAAAAUGGAGGAUCUUGCAUGUAAAAAUAUAACCUAGAUUUCAAUAUUAACGUUCUCUUUUUUCCCCCCCUUUUUCUAAAAUAAGAGCGAGUCGAGUUUCUUUGCACGCAGCCAGUUCACAAUCCAUCUCUUUAUUUUCUCGGUAAGGAAGGAACAAUCUUUUUGACUUAGGAGCCAGUUCUAUACCUUUUUUAAUUUUUUUUUUUUUAAAAAGGUAAGCUACAUUGAAUGCAUAAAAGAUUUUUUUUUAAAAAAAAAGAAAAAAAAAUCCCCCUCAUUUACGCGCAUACAGGAGGGUUGUGUUUUUUUUUUUACACCAAUGUUUUCACACACCUUUUGUUUCUGGCGUUUCUGGCAAUUUGAUCGCGUUUAAAUUUGGUACAAAGGUGUUUGGUUUCAAGAGAAAGCGGGCUUUAUGGAUUAAAAGCCAUCACUGUUGAAUUGUGCCUAAAAACUAACGAGAAACCAGCAAAUGUUGUUUUCAGCCCUCACGAAAUAUGGGCCGGGAGUGGAGAUGCAUAUCUUUACAUAGUAAUAAAGGAUAUCUUUGUCUCCAAGAACCCAGCACUGCUAAACAAACAUAUCUGGGUUUUAUCAAGCAUCAAGUUAUUAUCGAGCACUAGCUAGAUGUUAGGAGUACAGUGCAGACACUCUCAAGUACGAAACUACAGACUGAAAAUUGGAAAUAGGAAUUCUUCUGGCUAGUCCAUAAGAUGAAUAUUCAGCUUUGGGGGGAAAAAAAAUCCUCUCGCGCUGAGUGUUAGUCUGUUGGGCUCCAAAAACUUCUCUAGACGUGUAAAGCAGGCAAGAGAGUAAUUAGAAAUUAGGAAGAUGCCGUCAUGAAAAGCUACAAAACUGAGUUAAGGGAGGAAGAAUAUUCUCACCCCUUGAGAUGGAGAGGGUGAGAGCAAAUAAUGUCCUGUACUUGGACAUCACUUAUCCCAAAGUCUGAUUCCCAUUGUGUUUAUAAUACUUGGUUGCGACUUUUCUAUCACUAUAAGUAUCUGUUGGAGACCCCUGUGUUAGAACAUGGCUUGUAUGUCUCUCUCUCUCUCCCUCUCUGUCUCUUUCUCUUGUUUUCUUGACUACCAAUUAACACCCCAGGCAAUCAAUUGUGAAGGCAGUUUAUCUGUUUCAGCCCCUGGCACAUCCCCCCCCCAAAAAAAUUUAUCCUGAUGCCACCUACCCAACAGACAACCCCCCCCCCCCUUUUCUCAUGAGUCUAUACCAAAAUAGAGCAAGGGGAAAUCUUAAGUCAUCUUCUCCUCUGCACAACUCUUAAAUUUUCUUUAUUAAAGAUUGCCUCCACCCCCUGUAAGUUAGAAAAAAAAACUACUCUUCAAAACAUCCUAACAGACCCAAAAUGAAUUCUGAAUUAUUCCAGAAUUUCCUUCUGGUCCUUAUUUAAUUUUUUUUUUCAAAGUUGAAUCUGGGUCAGUCACCGAGAUCAGAGAUGGACUUUUCUGAGUUUUUGGACUUAUUCUGGAGUCCAUCUUUGGAGAGCGUCUCUCUGUCGGCUGACUGGUGUUGAUGGUUGGCAAUUGAUGGUUGUUUCCUUUUAGAUGACCUUCCAACACUGUGAAUCUAAAUUUGAACCUUCAGUAUUUGAUAAGCUGGUGGUAAAUCAGCACUUCUGUUGACUGACAAGGGGCUGGUUUCCCAGGCUUCCAUUCUUUCCCUGGCUAUCUUUGUCCCUGCUCGGCCAACAAUCUUAGUAGCUGCAAAAUUGAAUGUGUGUCCUUAUCCAUUGCAAUGGGAGGCUGCCAAUGAGUUCGGGUCUCCUCGUCAGACCGUUCGCUUGUGUUACUUGCAAUCUGGUAGUCCUCCUCAUUUGUCCUACAUAGUCAUAGGGGCAAUCCAUGCAGGGGAUCCGGUAGAUUACAUUAGAAGCAUUCCCCACCUCCAAGCAAUCUUUACAGUGUCUUAAUUUGUCCUCGCUUGGUAGCCUCUGGGCGGGUGGUGCGUUCUACAGCUUUCGAAAUGUUUUUGAUGUAUGGCUGGGUGUGCCCUAUGAUCAGUCUGACUAGGUGGCUCAAAUGGCUAAGACGCUGAGCUUUGUCGAUCAGAAAGGUUGGCAGUUCGGCGGUUCGAAUCCCUAGUACAGGUCUCCUGAGUGAGCAUGGGGUUGGACUAGAUGACCUCCGAGGUACCUUCCAACUCUGUUACUGUUGUUAUUGUAUCUUUUUUUUCUCUCUCCGUGUUCUACGCAGGCAUCUUGUAAUAAAUUAUUUUGGGUACCCAUUACGCUCAAAUGGUUCACAAAGGUACCUUCCCUUCAGUUGUUUAGCUUGCUGGCUACCACAAUGGGUUGUCACCCUACCAUACAGGGUUCUGACACAGCUUUUUUGAUGUGACAGUGGAUGGAUACUCUUGAAAUUAAGAAUCCAGGGCGUGUUGGUGGCCUUAACAAUAAACUCUGGUUUCGAUAGGCGUCUGCUUUCUUCAUUAAUCUUCAAAAACUUUUGCAUCCUUAUAUGAAUUUGUAUCAAAAGCUUGCUCAUCAGUCGACCGUGCAUCAUAAAACAUCUCAUGUUGUUCAUGUUUUUAACCUUUGGUUUGAAACCUUCUUUUGGAUUAUUUCUCUGGGGUCGUGUACCAACAAUAAUACAUCCUUUUGCUGAAAAAAACAAAUUCUCCUAACUUAUGACCCAGUGUAAAUGGAAUACCAGAUAGCCACAUUCUCUCUCCCAAGCAUCCAUCUCUCUAUUAAAUCUAUUUUUUUCUGCAUUUAUGUAACAUCCCAGGCCACUAAUGAACUAUUAAGGUUAGAAAUGCACAAUCCCACUAAUGAGCAGAAGUUGACACGAGCAACUAAAUUGGGCCCAAGGUGUCAAACGUGAGUCCUUUUCGUGAUCCAGUUAAGUGUGCUUUGCACAACGUGCCUAGCUGUUUCUUCCUCCUUUGUGAAUUAUAGGUCUGAGAAGAUGGGAUUUAGUAGCAUGUGAAUGCCUUUCAGUGCAUUUCUUGUGAGGACGACAUGUCCGGUUCCUGCAACCGUUCAUUGUAUGUUUUAGUCCAGGGGUCUCCAACUUGGCAACUUUAAGACUUGUGGACUUCAACUCCCAGAAUUCCUCAGCAAGCUUUGCUGGGAAUUGAAGUCCACAAGUCUUACAAAGUUGCCAAGGUUGGAGACCCCUGUUUUAGUCUCAGGUCCCCUAAUCUUGUUUCAGGUCUUUCAAGAUGCGUUGCUCCAUUGGGUUGUGCGUUUGUUAGGUUUGUGUGCGAUCAGCAUUGUUAGGUUUGUGUGCGAUCAGCAUUGUCGGCACCUUUUGUCUGAGGACAUGUUUUUUCUGGCUCUUCCAUCUCUACUUGAAUAUGGGAUAUUUUUUUUUCCAAUCCUCAAAUCCAUAAAUUGUCAUAUUGCUUUUUUCCUUCAUUUAGCAAAAGUCCAGUUAAGGUGUCGGGUCUUUUAAAAAUGCAUGUUGCGUUUUUCUCCUUAAUCAAAUUAGGUCACAUUUUUGCGUUACUUCACCUAUUUUUUUCUUCCUUUUAAGUCUUGUUUAAGCACAGAAGGGGAUAAUUGGAUAAUCUAAACUUUUUAAAGAGAUUUCUGUUCCUGCUGUUCUGGGACAAAGACGCCAUGCCUGUUGCACGCGAGAAACCUUGUUUGAAACAGUCUCUCCUACCUGUUAAGUUGCCUGUUUUUGCUCUUGAGGCUGUAAACCUCCAACUUAUCUCCCCAUUUUGCUAAACUACUUUGGUCUAUUCAGUGCUAACUUUCCUGCUAUCCUUAGUGACUUGAAUGCAUCUUAGCUGUCCACGUCAUUCAGGAGAGAAAAGAAAGAAAGAAAGAAAGAAAGAAAGAAAGAAAGAAAGAAAGAAAGAAAGAAAGAAAGAAAGAAACAGAAUCAUUGAGCUUUGUCUCUCUCACAUGUACACACGGUAUUUUCUCAAUACUUGAAAUUUAACCACUGUGCUUGAAUGAAAGAACACAAAUAGAGAAACAAGGCAUUUUUUUUAAAAAAAAAAACGCCAUAUUGGUGACUUUGUUGUUAUUAUUUUGUCCUUCUAGGUUUUCAAACUAACUGCAUGUAGCAUGAGACAUUGUUGAUUUUUUUUUUGUUCGUUUUGUUUGGUGAGAAAAGUAGUUAUUUAUUGAGCGGUACACGUCAGGGAUUGAGGAAAGUUUAAAACGAGGAGAGGGAAAAAUGUGGAUGUAUCUUCCAUCUGCUUCCUUCCCUCUAUGGCAGGGGUCUCCAACCUUGGCAACUUUAAGCCUGGUGGACUUCAACUCCCAGAAUCCACCAGCUAGCAAAGCUGGCUGGGGGAUUCUGGGAGUUGAAGGUCCACCAGGCUUAAAGUUGCCAAGGUUGGAGACCCCUGCUCUACGGGUUUGUGACUGUUUCAACAUUUUGUACGUAGCGUCUGAAUUUAGAUCCUUCAGUUUCACCGCCACUCCGUUCAUUCAUGUUCGUGAGAAAGUACGUUUGAUUGACACUUGGCCUUUCAUUUUAUUUUAUUUUUUGUUGGAAAAGUGUUAUGUGACUCUGCGCGUGGGUGUAUUCUUGCUUUCCGUUGUAUGACGCCGACUUCAGGAAAAAUAAAAUUUUGAUUUUUCA